GUUGAAUUUAUCUAAUAUUUGAUAUUGAAGGAGCCAUUUCAAUCCAGCUGAAGCACACGGGCAUCAUGAGCAAGAAACUUUCAUCACGGCUAGUUGUAAUUCUAGCUAUUUUAACCGGGGUAUUAAUUUUCGGAUUGGGGAUUCUGAUUGGUGUAUUCAUUCCGAAACAAACUGCCAACACAGGAGACACCAGCGCAACCUAUAGGCGAUUAAUUAAAGAUGCAGAUCCUCGUUUUGCCCAGUGGGUACACGAUGAAAUUAGUGCCGAAAAAUUUGAAGAACAUUUGAAAUUUUUUUCAUCCAUUCCUCAUACUGCGGGUACGCCUGAAGAUUUCCAACAGGCAGAUUAUCUAAGAACUAAAUGGUUAGAGUUUGGACUCGAUGAAACCAGCCUUGUCCCAUAUGAUGUACUUUUGUCCUACCCAGGUGACAUACACACCAAUCCUAAUAAGGUCGAGGUGUUUGAAGGAACGGAUCUUGUUUCAGUAUCGGAGCCAGUGGAGCCACCUGCUGACCCAGUGAUGGUUAACAGAACUGGGAUAGUGGCCCCUUUCUUGGCUUAUACCCCAAGUGGUGUGGUGCAGGGAGAGUUAGUGUAUGCCAACCAAGCGACCAUAGAAGAUUUCGAAAAAUUGAAGAAUGAUUUCAACAUUACCGUGAAAGAUAAGAUAGUACUCGCUAUGUAUGGGGGUAUUCACAGGGGCCCAAAGAUCACGAAUGCUUACAACCAGGGAGCAAAGGGUCUGAUUGUAUUUCAAGACCCAAAGGACUACGUCAAGGGGGACAAGAAAGUUUUUCCCCAGGGUCAGUGGCUACCACCGUAUGGUGUGCUGCGAGGCGGGUCAGGAAUAGCCGGGUACGGGGAUAUGUUGACACCUGCUUAUCCAUCCCUUGAUUUUAUACCAAGAAAGCGUAUUGAUGAAUUGCCAUUGCGUGAAAUCCCCGCCCAGCCUAUAGGAUAUGGAGAUGCCAAGAAGUUGUUUGAUAGUAUGUCUUUAGCCUCGCUUAGGGCCCCCGAAGGAUGGACAGGCAACAUAAACACAACGUAUAGACUUGGACCAAAUAUGAUCAACAAUAGGACUGUAAAAUUAACAGUUAACAAUAAGAAUGAAAGAAGGACAAUUUACAAUACUAUUGGUAUCAUAAAAGGGAGUGUAGAACCAGAUCGUUACAUUAUAAUCGGUAACCACAGGGAUGCUUGGAAUUUCGGAGCGAUUGAUAACACACAGGGAACAGCUCUACUUCAUGAGUUUGCCAGGGUGUUUGGAGCACUGCUGAAUCAAGGUUGGCGCCCAAGAAGAAGUAUCAUUUUUGCCAGCUGGUCGGGCGAAGAGUAUGGUUUGCUUGGUUCAACAGAAUUCAUGGAGGAGUUUAGCAAAACCCUUGCUGAGCGAACAGUUGCCUACAUUAAUGUUGAUAUCUUAGCAACUGGUAGAGAAAGAUUCAAUAUGGCGUCUUCUCCAUUACAUAAAAAAGUCGUCCUACAUGCUUCAAAGAAGACUGAAUCUCCUAAUUCUACAUAUGCCUCAUUGUAUGACUUCUGGGUGACCAGCCAGAAUAAAGACCCCAAGACAGAAGAACCAAGUAUUGGUGGCUUCGGGGCAGGCAGUGACUAUGCUCCGUUCUUCCAACGGCUUGGUGUGCCAUGUAUUAAUGCAGGUAGCUUCAGUGGUGAGGGAUAUGCAUUAUAUCAUACUCUCUAUGAAGUAUUUAACCUGGUCAAGAACAUCAUCGAUCCCAGCUUUAAUUAUCAAACUACUGCAGUUCGCAAUGUAGCAGAGAUUGUUAUGAAACUUGCUGAUGAAUUAAUCCUUCCAAUAGAUGUUAACGAUUAUGCGAAGGACAUCAAAACAAAAUUAGAACAAACCAAGAGCUUUGAAGAUACCUUAAACGAAAAUGAUAUUUUCCUAGACAAACUUAACGAGGCUGUCAACAAUUUUACGAGAGCAACAGAGGCGUUUAAUGAAGAACUUGCUAACCUGGAUAAAACAGAUCCCAUAGCAAUGCGUAUGGCGAACGAUAAAAUGAUGCUUCUAGAAUCAUCCUUUAUUGAUCCCCUAGGGCUACCUGGUAGGCCAUUAUACAGGCACAUCAUCUCUACCUAUAGUUCAUCUGGGAAAGGAGGGUUUCCCGGUAUUGUCGACGCUAUGACAUUUGCAAUGGAAGCAACUCAGAACGAGGCUGCUCAAAAAUGGCGGGAGGUUAAAAUGGAAGUGGCGAAAGUUAUCAUAUCGACAGUUGGGAGCACCAAAGGAUUAAACAGUUGCAGGAACAGUCACACGAUACCAGUUGAGAUGAAUAUCCUUGGACUAAUAGAGGUUCCCAACAUACUGCUUAUUGUUGCUGGUGUUUUAAUUGCUAUUUACAUAAAAUGGAAAUGGGAUUUCAGUCUUUGGUCUUCCCAAGGGAUCAAAGGACCAGCUACAUUUCCCAUCGUGGGGACAUUUUGGAUCUACUUCUCAGAUAAGGCUGGUUUGAUAAAAAUUGAUCCAUAUUACUACCAAAAGUAUAAGAAAAACAAAGUUUAUGGUACGUAUGAUGGUACGUUACCAAAUCUAUUCAUCGCUGAUCCCGAGAUGAUAAAGAAGGUGUUGGUUAAGGAUUUCCAGUAUUUUACAAAUAGACGGAAAAUCCAUCCGAUGUUUGGGAAACUGAUAUGUAACAUGAUCACGGCCUUGGAAGACACCGAAUGGAAACAUACAAGAGCAGUAAUGAGCCAGGCAUUCACGAGUGGAAAACUUAAGAGGAUGGUGGACAACCUAAAUGUCUAUAACAAUAUUUUUCUGGAGAGGCUUGGGGAAAAAGCAGACUCAGAUGAAAUAUUCGAGAUGAAGGAAAUGGCUUCCGAAUGUACGAUGGAUAUGGUCGCCGCUGUCGCAUUUGGCUUCGAUGCAAAUGUUCAGAAAAACCCAGAUUCUGAUUUCCCUUCUCAUGCAAAAGUGUUUUUUGAAUUUUCUGCCCUGAGAGUGUUUGCAAUGAUAGCGCCAAUAAUUCUGCCAAUAUUAGCUCCAUUGAUUCAGAAGUUGAAGCUAGCGGACACUCCUCCUAAAACAGUCAAGUUUUAUGAAGAUAUAAUGGCACAAGCUGUUACAAAUAGGAAGGCGGAUCAAAACAAGCAGAACGACUUUUUACAAUUGAUGAUAGACUCCCUUGAUGCAGAGAAUGAAACUAAAAAGUUAGAUAAAGAGGUGGUGCUCUCCAAUUCGGUGGUUUUUCUGCUAGCUGGUUAUGAUUCGGUCGCCUCUGUAAUAGGCUGGGUAGCAUAUGAGCUGGCACUUCACCAAGAUGUACAAGAAAAAGUAUUUGAGGAGAUCACAGAACUACUAGGCGAUGAGGAUGAGAUAUCAUACGAGAUGCUGAACAAGAUGACAUAUUUAGAGACAGUUAUUGAAGAAACGAUGCGACUGUUUCCCAACGCACCAAGGACAGAUCGACGAUGUGGUGAAACUGUUACAAUAGAUGGAGUUACUAUUCCAAAGGACGCAAUAGUUUCAAUCCCCAUAUAUGCGUUGCAUCAUGACCCAGAUAUUUAUCCCGAACCAGAGAAGUUCAUCCCUGAAAGAUUCUCGCAAGAGGAAAAGGCAAAGCGGAAUCCAUAUUUCUACCAGCCAUUUGGGAUGGGACCAAGAAACUGUGUUGCAAUGCGCCUCGCUCAGAUAGAAGUCAGACUUUGCAUUGCUAACAUGGUUCGUAAACUGAAAAUUCUCCCAUGUGAGAAAACAGAGGAUCCAAUUGAGCUCAAGCCAACUGGUCAAAUGCAUCCAAAGAAUGGUAUAUUCCUGAAAGUCGCAAGGCGCUAAAACGACCAUACCAUUAUACUUGCAGAACAAAUGUUUGGACUUGAAGUCUAACUCUCAACCAGGCAUACGAAAGCCUCGUACAAUUGUUUAUCUCAUUGUGUGUUUGUACAUAUGCAAUAUGUGACUGUUUUAGUUAAGUUUGCACACAUAUGCUACGCCAUCAUCACUUGUCCUAUUUCGGUGCGUAGUAAAGCAAAAAAGAAUGGAUAGAAUGGAGAAUGGACAAUGUUCGAAGCAGUCGUUUAGAAAUCAUAAAAAUGUUUUCCUUAUUCAAUCCUUAAAUUAAUUUCAGAAAAAUAUAAUUCAGAUAUUAGAUCUUGAAUACCAAAAUGCAGACUUUUGAAUUUAUUUCCUUUUUCAAAAGAAAACA